UAACUGAACCGGGUAAAGCCGAGAGAUACACGAAGUCGGUCACACAAAUACAAAACCACACACACCACAAAUCCCAUAUAACAAUUAGGUCCUCUUUCAUACCCAAUGACGACGAAACAUUUCCAAUUUCUCCAGCAUCUUCCUUAAUCAUGGCUUCAGAUUACGCCACGAAUAUUGUUGCUGAACUUGAAUCGGCCUCUCAGUUGAGGGCUGCAGGAUUCUUCAUUACACGAAGACCAUGGCUCGAUCUCUAUGGGGUAAAUGUAAGACCAGUUGCACCAUUUGGUAGCACAUAUGGUAAACCGGUUGUUGAUUCAUCGCUGAUACAUAAGUGCUUGCCAGAUGAAUUACUGUUUGAGAUUUUUGCUAGAAUGACCCCAUACAACUUGGGGAAAGCAGCUUGUGUUUGUAGAAAAUGGAGAAAUACCGUACGUAACCCUGUGUUUUGGCGUAAUGCGUGCUUAAAAGCCUGGCAGAUAUCUGGUGUAGUUGAAAAUUAUAAGCUUAUGCAAAGCCAUUAUGAUUCCUCGUGGAGGAAGAUGUGGUUAUCGAGGCCGAGGGUCCGCAUGGAUGGUAUCUAUGUGAGUAGGAACACCUAUAUUCGUGCUGGUGUAGCAGAGUGGAAGGUCACCAACCCAGUUCAUGUGGUUUGCUAUUUCCGGUACCUCAGGUUUUAUCCUUCUGGCAGGUUUCUAUAUAAGAAUUCAUCCGAGAAAUUAAAGGAUGUUGUGAAAUUCAUGAACUUCCGUUCCACUAAAGCUGAGAUUUGUCACAGUGGUCGCUUCACGAUGUCUGAAGACAAGGUUGAAGGUGCUCUUUUGUAUCCUGGUUUGCGUCCUACUAUUUGGAGAAUCCGCUUGAGGUUACGAGGUACAACAGCAGGGGCUAACAACCGGAUGGAUCUUCUUUCGAUUGUGACUAGUGGCGUGCAAGAGAGUGAGGUCCCGGGGCCCGAUGGGGACAUUCUUGGAGUUGUUGAAGGGUGGCAGGAUGAUGAAACGCACAAUCCAGAAGUACCCGCUAUUUCUCAUACAAGAGGUUUGACACCUUUUGUGUUUGUUCCAUUCGAAGAGGCGGAUACUUCAGUUCUGAAUCUGCCUGUAGAGCGCAUGGAUUAUUACGUACCCGGUUGAAUGGCGUUGUAUUUGUAAAUAAAAUUGUUUAUUAAAAGUUAUGUAUGUUUUAAGUUGUACCUUAUGAUAUAUCGUUAGUUCUAGGAGGUAUAUAUGUGAUGACCAUACCUAACUAGCCUCUAUGAUCAUAAUGAACUUGUUAUGAACCAUCUUAUUAGUUGGCCAAAUUCAGAAAGUAUGGUUUAUUGUGUGUUGUACAAUGUGUUUUUACCAUUGUAUUGUAUUAAGAUGAUUAUUUGCUAAAAUAAUGAGAAGUUGGUGAUGAUA